AUGGAGACCAUUGUAACAAGGCCGGCAGUCUCCUGCUGCCGGCAGGUCGUCCUCUCGGCCCCGGUAUCUUCCCGGCUCGUUCUGAGCGGCACCACCGCCGUCCCCUCGGGCGUCCGCCAGAAAUCGACGUCCGCACGCACACGCCGAGCGCUCAACAUCCCCCCGCACGGGUCCUUCCUCAACCCCAACAGCAGCGCCGCCGACCGCAACGCCCGCCCCACCACGGGACAAAUCAUCUACAACCCCCCCUCCUCCGCCGCCUCCGUCUUCCACACGCCCUUCAAGUUCCUCCCCAAGCAAGACCCGCGGCGGCGCGCCAACCUCGCCUCGGAACUCUUCGCCGCCUCCACCACCAUCAACUACCCCUCCCCCGCCAACAACCCCACCCACCACCAACCAACACCGCCCGACAGCACAUCACCAUCCUCCCCAUCACCAACGGACCUCUUCCCCUCCAUUGAAGGCGAGCCGCGCUACCGGGCGCGGCACCACCUGACCAAGGCCGAUAUCGAGGAGAUGCGGCGGCUGCGCGCGGCGGACCCCGUCGCCAACAGCGUGCAGAACCUGUCGAUGCGCUUCCGCUGCAGCAAGCUGUUUGUGCUCAUGUGCUGCCAGGCGCCCAGCGGCCACCGCGAGAAGGUGCAGGCCGAGCUGGAGGCCACCAAGGCGCGCUGGGGCCCGCGCCGCGCGGCCGCGCGGGACGAGCGCAGGGCGAGGAUGGGCAUGCUGUUUAGGGGCGAGUUGUAG